CCCGAAUACAGAUCCGUAAACCCGACCUGAGGCCGGGCCAGCUCUGAAAUGGAGGCAUACACGUAACACGUGCGAAGAGCCAGAGAGGUUGGGCGAAAAAAAGGAAGAAGAGCCAGAGAGGCAAGAGAGAGACAUGCGUCGGGACUCGGAAGAAGCAAGCAAAUAAUAAAAUACUCAAGCUUUUGUUCUUGUUUGCAAGGAAACAACACACAAAUUCUAGGCACCACCAGCCUGAUAUUACCCCCACCAACAGCAUAGGCCGGUCUUUCUUCUUCUUCUUUUUCUUCUUCUUGUUUCUUAUUGGUCUGAGCAAUUUGUGAUCACCCACCAAGUUCUUUUUCUGCUUACAGCUCAGGGGAAGAUCAUUUUGAAUCUAUGGAGCAGCUUGUCAACUUUAUUAUUCGGCCUCCCAGGGCUGAAUACGACCAAAAAAAUGAUUUAUUGGAUGAAGAGUUCAUAUUGAAAGGGAAAUGGUACCAAAGAAAAGAUGUGGAGGUGAAAAACAGCCGGGGUGAUGUCCUCAAGUGCAGUCAUUACAUGCCCAUUGUUAGUCCUGAAGAAAAGCCUUUGCCUUGUGUAAUAUACUGUCACGGAAACAGUGGGUGCAGGGCUGACGCCAGUGAAGCAGCUAUUAUUUUGCUGCCUUCAAAUAUUACAGUUUUCACUCUUGAUUUCUCAGGAUCCGGACUCUCAGGAGGAGAGCACGUCACUUUAGGGUGGAAUGAAAAGGACGACCUGAGGACUGUGGUUGAUUAUUUGCGAGCAGAUGGAAAUGUCUCUUUGAUUGGUUUGUGGGGCCGUUCAAUGGGUGCUGUUACUAGUCUUUUGUAUGGAGCUGAGGAUCCUUCAAUAGCAGGAAUGGUUCUUGACAGUCCGUUCUCUGAUUUGGUUGAUUUGAUGAUGGAACUGGUGGACACCUACAAAAUCCGUUUACCAAAGUUCACUGUGAAGUUUGCAAUCCAAUACAUGCGAAGAGCUAUCCAGAAAAAGGCUAAAUUUGACAUAACGAAUCUGAACACCAUUAAGGUGGCAAACUCUUGCUUUGUUCCAGCUUUGUUUGGCCAUGCCAUUGAUGAUGAUUUUAUACAACCCCAUCAUUCAGAUCGUAUAUUUGAGGCUUAUAUGGGAGACAAAAAUAUCAUCAAAUUUGAGGGAGAUCACAAUUCUCCACGACCUCAAUUCUACUUUGAUUCGAUAAAUAUCUUUUUCCACAAUGUUUUGCAACCCCCGGAGGAUGAGGUUGGGGGAACUUUUUUUGACACUCUGCACGAUAACUUUGGUAAGGGUAGUUGGAGAAGUGUGCAUGAAGUUAAUUAUGAUAAUGGACGUUCAACUGCUUCUAAAGAACCAGCAACGAGCAGCAGCCAACAGGAUGCCAUUAGACAGCUCCGUUCGAGAAGACCCAUGAGUCGGACUGAGGUUCCUUCUGGUAUUUCAUCUAAAGAUGACCAAUCUGAAUCCAAGGAUGGAAAAGCUGAUAAUGAUCUUUGUCCAUCAUCUUCUGAUAUGAUUAGCUUUGAAUUCUCAAACGGCCAUCCUUGUGAACCCCAUGUUCCAACCACAAUGGACGAUGAUCAAUAUGUAGAAUACCAACUUGAUGACCUGGCAGGUUUUCCUAGUGAUGUGGAUGAGGAAGAAAGGAUGUUCAUGGAAGCAGUGAUCUUGUCACUAAAAGACUUAGAAAUGAGAUGCCCACAAGCAGAAGAGCAACCACCAGGGGAUACCCCUGAUUCAAAGUUGUCCCAAAAGGAUGACCGGCUGGAUGAUGCCUCUCCUGCAGAGCAGCGAGAGCUGUUGGAGACAGAAUCCACUUCCACAUCGGUUGGGCACCAUGGGUCUUUGAAAACAGAAUCCACUUGUACUUCAGUAGUUGAAGCCCAUGAUUCAAGACCUGAGGAUCAAACUCGCACGAAAGUUCCAUCUACAGAACCUGCAUUGCAAACUCCUCCAUCCAUAAUGGAUUUGGGAAGCUCCGGGCCAUCUACCCAAAGUGAUACACCACCAGCAAGCAUCCAAAGCACCUCAGAUUCUGACAUGUCAGCUAACACAACAGCCACAGUAACGGUUGUAAAAAACCCUGCAAGCAAUGUCAUGGAUGGUUUGAUUCGUCGUUGGGAUUUUAACUUCUUUAGAAACAACCACAGUCGAUAAGAUGACUGUUCUUUCCUUCUAUUUUUUGCUUCUCUCCUUAGACAUUAUGAUGUAUUUGGCUUGUAACUAAAGUGUCAGGGUUCAUGAUUUGUAAAAUGCUCGACUGGAAAAACAAAAAAACAAACAAAAAAGGAAAAGAAUAGAACCAGUGCUGUGAAGUUGUAUUUUUAGUUGUAACAAAAAAGAGAGAUGGUUUUUCAGUUGCAGAUUCUCUACGUUCAGUUUUCACAACACAGAUGAAUAUAUUUUCUGUUGGUGUUA